UUACACCACAGACACAUGUCUGCUUUUGAUGCAGAGUCACCUGAGGGCCUGAAGAUUACAGGUGUUCACGGGAUGUCAGUGAAGUUGCAAUUUGAUUGUCCAUCAGAAGGUGGCAUGGUGCAGAGGAGUUGCUCCUUCAUUGGAGUCAACACACUUACUGGAAGACACAGGUUGUGUUCUGCUCGUAGUUCUCUGCACACCAAAGGCCUGGCAGGAAGAUCUACAAAAAUCCCCACUUCUACACAGGUGGUUGGCAGUAUUUGGGAACAACAGCCUGAACAGGUGGACAGAGUUUUUCAGGCUUUACAGAAAGGGCUCAAGGAGCAUAUUGAAGGCCAUAAGGCAGAGCUGGAAUUCCUCUCAUCCCAGCAGAGCAGCAGUAUAAGAAAUUCAAGACUGGCAUUUUUCUAUGACUUAGAGAAGGAAAUACGAGCCUUGGAAAGAUACAUACGGCGACUGGAGUUCCAAAUUAGUAAGGUGGAAGGGUUGUAUGAGACCUAUUGUAUCCAGUGGCGGUUAUGUCAAGGAGCUGUUAAUAUGAAGCGAGCAUUUUCACUCUCUCCAUCCUCACGGGCGUCACGAGAGAGUCUACUGAAGCUGAACUGCAAUCACAGACACAGCUUGGAGGAUAUGUCUGCAAUGGAAGGAGAGUUGGAGAUUCUACUGGGAGAGCUGCAAAUAAAAAUGAAAGGUUUGAUAGGCUUUGCUCGUCUCUGCCCAGGGGAUCAAUAUGAGGUGCUAAUUCGGCUGGGACAACAGCGAUGGAGAAUCAGAGGGCGGAUCCAGACUGAUGACAAACAGCUGUGGAAUCAAGAGGAAAUGUUUUUCUUCCCUCAUAUCCAUGAGGGCUUUGAGAUAAAGGUAACAGAGGUGAAGGGUCUGAGCUCCAUCUUAGUUGGAAUCGUGACAUGUAAAUGCACAGACUUCUACACUGCACAUCCACAAAUGAUGGUUGUUGACAUUACAGAACUAGGAACCAUCAAACUCCAACUGGAAGUGGUCUGGAAUCCUUUUGACAGUGGUAUGGUGAAGAAUCUCAUGUCAUCUUCUAGUCGACAGUCAACCCACAGCAGGAAAAGACUGGUGAGCAGCUGGACACCUCCUAACACUCCCACUUUCACAGAGAAAUACUUUUUAUCUAUGCUGCGUCAGUUUCAAGAAGCAGAUGGCUCUUUCUCUACUAGCUCACGUGAAUCCAGGGGUGUGUCUCUGAUUAGCUACCUGUCUGACUCUGCCCAGGCACUCUCUCCACUGGUCUAUGAAAGGGCCAGUUAUCCUCCAAUUUUCCCUGACCUUUCCAUGGACUAUUUGUCAGUGGAUGCUGACCUUUUAAAGACACCCCUUGGAGAGGGUGAUGAAAGUGGUGCAUGGCUUUCAGAGCCUGAAAUCAGCUCUCCUAGUCCAGGGGACAGCAAGCGAGAUGCAAUAUUUCAUUAUCAGUGUUACAGAACUCCUGACAUUCUUCAACAAACUGGUGUGGUGGCUACCAACCAAGUAGUGGAACCAGUGAAGUCCAAAGUAGCUACCAAUGAUCUUGUAGUAGAGGAGGUCUCAGUAGAAGAAAGGAUUGAGGAAAUACCAAAGGUCCUAAAAAUGGGUGUAGGGAAUUCCCAAAGAAGAGCAGUGGCCAUGAAGGUUGGCCUAGUGCAAGCACAGGUUGCUGUUACCUUGCAGGAGAUGAGUUUUGCAAAGGCAGAGUUAAAGCGUCUGAAUCUACAAAUACUACAGCUUGACCAAGUCUUAAAGAGGGACAUCUACAUUCUUCAUACCUCCUCUAGUGAGGCACUAGAUGUAGAGGAAGAGGAAGUGCUGGGCAGUUUUGACUUUCUUUCCAUUGACUUCAACACAGAAGACAGCAACUCGUACAUGAGUAGUAGCAGGCUCAUGGACACUAGGUUUAAAGGGAACAUCGUGACAACCCGAGAGGAGAUGUCAGAAGAUACAGUACUGUUGUCAGAACAGCAACAUACAUGGCACAUGGCAAAAAGAGCAGACACUGAGAACAGAAGUUCACUCAGCACUGGGGAGUACACUCUAGAUCAAGCCUUGGAGAUCCACCUCAAAAUCUGUCUUGCACUACUGAGCGCACUGAGGGUGUCUAAUUUGGAAUGCAUGCAACAGUAUAUUCUGGAAGAUCUAUCACGUCAAACCGAAGUGCUUGAAAAAAUCACGACUUUGAAACAGCGGAAGACUCAUGAUAUCUCAGCAACAGAAUUGUGGUCUGGAGCACCAAAGCUGAGAAAUGUUAUGAUGAUGUGGGACGAGUGCUGUGGAAGCGCCCCAGCAUUUUGCUGCACUGCUGACUCGUUUAUCAGGAUGCUACGCAGGCGUUUCAUUCACAAAGUGAAAGCCAAGUUGCCAGGCCAGGCUGAUACAGUCUUUGCUCAGUUGUUGCAGCAGGUCCAGUCAAGCUCAAUGAUGGUUCCACUAACAGUGUGCACAACAGAUCUAGUGACUUUGUUUCAAUUACAUGUCUACCUCAGCUGUUGGAAGGUCACCAACUUUGAGGAACACAUCUUUCACAUGUCCAGAGAAGAAUUCCACACAGAAUUCUCCUCUUCCAGAAAAAGCCAACCCACUCACUCCGCCUCUUCUUCUCUUUCGGAAAAAGCCAACCCACUCACUCUGCCUCUUCUCCUCUUUCGGAAAAAGCCAACCCACUCGCUCCGCCUCUUCUCCUCUUCUGGAAAAAGUCAAUCCACUCUCUCCACCUCUUCUCCUCUCUUGGAAAAAGUGUAUCUAGUAUCAUGUCUAGAGACCCCAAAGAGGAGGAGGGUUCUCAAGAAGAUGAAUGGACGGAGGAUCUCAGAAUUGCAACCAAUGGGAAAAACUCUCCAGCUACUGGCCAAGUUACUUACAGAUGCUAGUUACAAGGUUGCAGUUUCAGCGACCUCCUGCCUCUGUAGAGCCUCAGGCUAUAAGUCCUUUAGGAUAAAGGCUCUAGUUCACUAUACAUGGCUGUUGAAAGACAAUGACAUUCAAGUGCAGCAGCAGGCUUGUUUAGCAUUGAAAUGCUUAAAGGCCCUUGAAAGUGCUGACCAGGUAGCAGAGUUGUGGCACUCCACAGAUGAAGAGUUAAGGAACACAGCCAGAGAGACCAUUAUUUCAUUUGGGAAAAAAGGCCACAAAGCCUUCCAGAGAAUGGACCAAAUCAGCGCACAGUUACAGGAGGAAAUUUAUAAAAACCUAGAAACAGAAAUCACAAUCUUCUAGUGAUUGUCCAAAUGUGGCUAAUUCUUUUGCAGCUGAUCAGAAGACAUCAAGAGAUAUUUAGGGACUGAAGACAACAAGUGAUCUCAGUGUAAGUGCAUUACAAGUAUUAUUUUGUCCCAUUCUUCCUUCAAACUGGUCUUAAGGUGUGCAACUGUAUGGGAUUGUCAUGUUUUUUGUUUCAAAAUUUGCCUACAUCCUCUAUUAGGGACAGGGGGUUGUUGAAAUAUCCCUGGAAAAGAUGUCAUCUUGAAGGCAGCAUACAAUAUGUUGCUCCAAAAACUAAGUGUACUUUUCUGCAUUAAUGCUGCCAUCACAGCCCUAUACUAUGACAGACCCUGGCUUUUGGACUUGUUGCCGGUAACAGCCUGGAAGAUCCUUUUCGUCUUUGGUCUGGAGUAUAUGGCAGCCGUUUCAUCCUUUGACCUGGGCUACUGAUUCGUAUGACAUUGCAUGUUUCCACUGUGUGAUGGUCCAUCCCAGAUGCUUCUGAGCCCUGAGUAAUCGAAGGCACUUCUGGACACAGUUAACAUGAGGCUUCUUUUUUGCACAGUAAAGUUUCAACUGGCAUUUUUGGAUGUAACUCUGUAUUGUAGUGCUUGACAAAGGUUUGUCAAAGUCAUUCCAAGCCCAUGGCGUUAUAUGAGCUAAAGAUGAAUGUUCUUGAUUCGAUGCUGUUUCAGGGAUCACAGAUCACUGGUGUUCAACUUAGGCUUGUGCCCUUUCCUUCUAUGCACUGAAAUUCCUCCAGAUUCCAUGAAUUGUUUAAUGAUAUUAUGCAGCAUAGAGGGUGAAAUAUCCAAAUCACAUCAUAUCUUUCUUUGAGAAACAUUGUUUUUAAAUAUUUCAAUUAUUUUCUCAUGCAUUUGUUAACAAACUGGAGAGCCUUGGCCCAUCUGUGCCUUUUUCUAGAUACUGAUUUUGUACAAAAUUGUGAUUACAAUCACCUGUUAACAUCACCUCUUUCAAAUCACAUUAUUUAAUUGUUUUAUUUCAUUACUAGCCCUACUUUGCUGCCACUCCAACUUUUGUUGGAAUCUGUUGCAGGCCUGAAAUGCAGGAAUGGAUGUAUACUAACAAAUGAAAUGAAGUUGACCAGACAAAAUGUUUAUCUUGGGUUCAUACUGUCUGCAAUGAAAUACAAGUUAAAGUAAAUUUAGAAA